AAUAUAGAUGAUUAAAUAUGUAAAGGGUUCUCCUCAUUCAAAUCUCAACCAUUAGAAGAAAAAAACUCAAUUCUGGAUUUUGAACAAAGGCAGAAAGCUCAUAAGGAUUGAGAGAACGAACUUGAAUUUCUUUUGUGAUCCACUGAUCUGAAAGCAAAGAAAAAAAGAGAGAACGAACAAUGGCGUUUACAGGGACACUAGACAAAUGCAAGGCGUGUGACAAGACGGUAUACGCUAUGGAUCUGAUGACUUUGGAAGGUAUGCCUUACCACAAGUCAUGCUUCAGGUGCAGCCAUUGCAAUGGCACUCUCGUGAUUAGCAACUACUCAUCCAUGGAUGGAGUUCUGUACUGCAAGCCCCAUUUUGAACAGCUCUUCAAAGAGUCUGGAAACUUCAGCAAGAAUUUUCAGACAGCAGGAAAGACCGAUAAAUCAAAUGAAAUGACGAGGGCUCCAAGCAAGUUAUCAUCCUUCUUUAGCGGAACACAAGACAAAUGUGCAGCUUGUAAGAAAACUGUUUAUCCUCUAGAGAAGAUCACAAUGGAAGGAGAAUCUUACCACAAGACUUGCUUUAGAUGUGCAACCGGUGGUUGUCCAUUAACACAUUCUUCAUAUGCUGCUCUCAAUGGCAUCCUUUACUGUAAAGUCCAUUUCAAUCAGCUUUUUCUAGAGAAAGGUAACUACAAUCAUGUCCUUCAAGCCGCUGCUAACCACAAACGCACACCCGAAGAUGACAAAACUGAACCCAGCGAAAAUGAAGCAAACCCUACAGAAGAAGAAGCUUCUGGUGCAGUCCCGGAAGCAGGUGAAGAACAUCAUGAGUCCUAAGUUAAUCUUGGUCCUAUACACAUACAGUUUAUACAUUUUACCAUGGUCAAAAACAUUUUUAGGUUAAUCUUAAUAAAUACUUUUGACAAUUUGGGAACCAUACGACUUAUCUAUACUACUUCAUUAGAAUUUGGGGACAAAAACAAAUUAAUGUUUCAUCUGGUCAUGUAUAUCAUACGUAAAGCAAUGUAUUAAGCACACAUAUAAUCGUUAUUCUUGUAGACUACUAUGUGAAUGUCUUUAUGCAUGCAAUGAAUUACAAAAUAGCAUCUAAGCCAGCUCAAUCUCUAAGACAAUCAUUAUCGCAUUACAAUAAUUACUUUUGGUAGUUUAUAACAUUUCUUCAUACAGAAAUUCAGAACUCUGAAAGUUGCUUGCGAUCAAAGAAACAACCAGAAGGAGUUUCUUGAUGUGGAAGCGAAGCCAAUCUCACGGGACUUGAUGCUCCUUCUUCCACAGAUAAAACUCCAGUGUGAUAAUUCAUAUCCGUCU